GCCCCGAUCCUCUGGCGGAGCAGAAGACGGCCUUGAUGUACAACCGCGGUACACAAGCAUAAGCAGUACUAUAAUGGAUGUAGACAGCACAAUUUCCAGUGGGCGUUCAACUCCAGCAAUGAUGAAUGGACAAGGAAGCACUACUUCUUCAAGCAAAAAUAUUGCCUAUAAUUGUUGUUGGGACCAGUGCCAGGCUUGCUUCAACUCUAGCCCAGAUCUGGCAGAUCACAUCCGUUCCAUACAUGUAGAUGGUCAGCGAGGAGGGGUAUUUGUUUGCUUAUGGAAAGGUUGUAAAGUAUAUAAUACUCCAUCAACCAGUCAAAGUUGGUUACAGAGGCACAUGCUGACACACAGUGGAGAUAAACCUUUCAAGUGUGUCGUUGGUGGCUGCAAUGCCAGCUUUGCGUCUCAGGGAGGACUAGCACGCCAUGUACCUACACACUUCAGUCAGCAGAACUCCUCAAAAGUUUCUAACCAGCCAAAGGCCAAAGAAGAAUCUCCUUCUAAAGCUGGAAUGAACAAAAGGAGGAAAUUAAAGAACAAAAGAAGGCGCUCAUUACCCCGACCACAUGAUUUCUUCGAUGCACAAACACUGGAUGCGAUAAGACAUCGAGCCAUUUGCUUUAACCUCUCAGCUCAUAUAGAAAGUUUAGGAAAGGGACACAGUGUUGUUUUUCAUAGUACUGUAAUAGCAAAGAGAAAAGAAGAUUCUGGAAAGAUCAAACUUUUGCUUCAUUGGCUGCCUGAAGACAUUUUGCCUGAUGUGUGGGUGAAUGAAAGUGAACGACAUCAAUUAAAAACUAAAGUAGUUCAUUUAUCAAAGCUACCCAAAGAUACUGCCUUGCUUUUGGACCCAAACAUAUACAGAACAAUGCCGCAGAAGAGGUUGAAGAGAACUCUGAUAAGAAAAGUGUUCAAUUUGUAUUUAAGCAAACAGUGAACGACAUUUGCAAUCAACUAAAAAUUCGUCUAUCGAAUUAGGGCUGAAAAUUACUGUUAAAGAGUGUUGCAGUAUGUCUGGUGGCUCCCUUUUCAGGACUAGGGUUUUCUCAUGGAGUACAGUAUGUUAAUAUUUACCUAUAUAACUAAUCUGUUAACGGUUUUUGAAAAACCUCUAUUUCAAAUUAUUUGAAUAAUCUUCAUAUUUUCACUUAGCCUAUAUGACUCUAAUUAUUUUUUUUUCCGAGGAAAGCAUUUGGUUUUGAGUUUUUUCUUAAUGUAAGAAAAAAUGUAUUUUUUUUAAAGUAUCUUCAAACUGAAUUCUUUAUGCGCCAAAGUUGGUUUUGAAAAGGAAAAAAUAAAAUCACUUUCUUGCUUGGUAAGCAAGAAGCCAUAUGGAUUUUUUUUUUUUUUAACUUACAGAAAUGGAAAUAUGUGUAACUUGUUAGUAUUGUAUCAAACAAAUGUUGCAUAGAGAUGAUAGAACAUUGCUUGUACAUAAUUCAGCAGAUUUGUAAUAUAUUUUUAUAUUAUGAAAUGUACUGUAGAUGUUUUUUCUAGAGGCAUGAAAGUUAAAUGUAUAUAUUAUGGUAGAAAUAAUAUUGAAGGAUAUUGUAAUUCACUAGUGCUGCCAGAGGAAUUGUUAAUAAAAGCACCUUCUUUAACAAUAAAUGUCUUUUGCAGACUUAAAGGACUAUAUACUACUGUUAAUAUCUAUAAGAACAAAACACAUUGAACAUCCUUCCAGAAAGUCUUUAAGGGAGGACCUAUACCCAUAAUAGAAUUAUGGCACUCAUUUCUGACAGUGACCGUGAAAUCAAUUAUUUCCUUACUGUUGGAAGGACAUAUUGUAAAGUAUGUGGUUAUAUGCAGUCAAACUGCAGAAAACGCUCCUGAUUAAGGAGUUUUCACUUUACUACAGUGAUAUAAAAACCAGCAAUUUUUACAGUAAAUUUUUUAAGUAAAGAAUAUACACAAAUAUAGAAUCAAGCCUUUGGUUCCAAAAUGGGAAAGGUUCCAUGAAACAUAAAUCAUUACUCAUUUGCUUUAAAAAUGUAAAGAAUAGUAAGAAUUAUGGGAGACUUUAUUGGUUAACAAUGGGGCGAAGAGCUAUAUACAUGAAAUGAGUCAUAUAAAAUUAAAUGAAGUGCAAAUAAAAGUACUGUUACUAUAAGACAUUCUGGAAUGGUUGUUUAAUAAGGGUAUUAUCCAUGCGAUCUGUAGCAAAUGUGAUUUUAUUUUUAAAAAGUAAAGAAAAGCAGUGUGUUUUCUUACUAUAUUUUUGUUUUCUCUUGCUUAAGCACUUCAUCACUUGCUUUAUUCUGUACCUGAGAAGUAAUCUGCAAUUUCCUUUUUUUUAAAAAAAAAAUUCUGAUUUGUUAUAAAAUUGCCAAAUAGAAGUGUUUCAGAUAUAGUUUGUACCUGUAUUUUUAUUUUAUUGCCUCAUGUUCUUGUAAGUCAUUCUUAAUUGACCGAUGAUUGUAGACUUUGCUUGAAUAUUUUUUCUAAUAAAACAAAGCAAAUCACAUUUA